CUGAAAAGGAUGAGAAAACGCAGCUGUGUUUUGUUUUCUCUGCACUCGUUCUCAUCGAGAUGAGGCCAGCAAAGCGAAGAAGAAGACAAUAGGGGGCAGAGAAAAUGCUGAAAUCAGGAAACGGUUAAAAGAAUAAACAAUCUCCUUUCCCGUGUGAUGUGCAAACCGAGCAACGCCACCUUAUCGACGGCGAUCGUAGCGGAAAAGGUUAUUUCCGCCGUAGCCGACGGCUCGCCAUUAUACACUCUUCUUCCCAUGUCGAAUAUGUGGAAGAAGAAAACAAUAGGGGCAGAGAAAGACAACAAGUAUCUUUUACUGCCAUCCGUUUCAGAAGCAAUCAAGGAGGCUGCUCUGCUUUUUUAUCUCUCGUUCCCCAUCGCCCUCACUGCUCUUUUCCUUUACUCCCGUUCAAUUGUUUCCACGCUCUUUCUUGGAUUCCAUGGCAAUCUUCCGCUUGCCGCCGGAUCGAUGGCCCUCGCUUUUGCGAACAUCACAGGAUACUCUGUUCUCUCCGGGCUGUCUCUUGGCAUGGAGCCGCUCUGUUGCCAAGCUUUCGGAGCCAACCAACAUAAGCUACUUUCCCUAACGCUAUACCGCUCCAUUCUCCUUUUGCUCUGCUCAUCCAUACCAAUUUCGUUUCUCUGGAUAAAUAUGUCAAAAAUCCUUGCUUUCCUUGGCCAGGACCAGGAAAUCAUUGCUCUGGCACAAAGUUACAUCCUAUUCUCUCUCCCCGACCUCUUCUCCUUCUCCCUCAUCCACCCGAUCCGCAUCUUCCUCCGUUCGCAGGGCAUCACCCGUCCUCUCACCUUCGCCGCCGCCAUUGCUGCCGCCGUCAACCUACCGGCGAGCCUCAUCCUAGUAACUUACCUGCGGCUUUUCGUCGCCGGGGGGGGGGCGGCGGCCCCCGCCCCGGGGGGGCCCGCCGCUUCCGCCACCUCCAACCUCGCCCUUCUCUUUUUCCUCUGCUUCUACCUCCGUUUCGGCUACUGCGGAUUCAAUCCAAGCAGCCCAACAAUGGAGUGGGCCACCGAGUGGGGCCCGCUAGCACGCCUUGCGGCGCCCAGCUGCGUCUCUGUCUGCCUCGAGUGGUGGUGGUACGAGCUCAUGAUUCUACUCUGCGGACUGCUUCCAGAUCCUAAGCCGGCCGUCGCAUCUGUUGGUGUUCUGAUUCAAACAACCGCUCUGCUUUAUGUCUUCCCUUCCUCAUUGGGCUUCGGCGUAUCGACGAGAGUUGGGAACGAGCUCGGCGCAAACCGGCCGGAAAAGGCACGGUCGGCGGCCGCUGUGGCAGUGGUGGUUGUUGCAGCCGGAAUGGGGCUCGCAGCCAUGUGCUUUACUACUGGGAUAAGGAAUAAAUGGGGAAAGAUGUUCACUAGCGAUGGCGAGAUCUUGCGGUUGACGGCCGCGGCGCUGCCCAUUAUCGGGCUUUGCGAGCUGGGAAACUGCCCGCAAACAGUGGGUUGUGGGGUAUUGCGCGGGAGCGCGAGGCCUAGCCAUGCGGCCCAUAUCAACUUGGGGGCUUUCUAUCUUGUUGGCAUUCCCGUUGCAGUCGGAUUGGGAUUUGGGCUUGGUAUUGGCUUCUGUGGAUUGUGGAUGGGUUUGCUCGGGGCCCAGAUCUGUUGCGCUGGGCUCAUGCUUUAUUUUGUGUGGAAUACGGAUUGGGAGGCGCAGGCCCGUCGGGCGCAGAUAUUAACGUGCGCACCUACCUCUGUUAUUGUAACGGCCGGCGAACUGGAGAUGGGAAAGGAAACGGAGGAGAAUUGUUUUGAGCCGUUGGUUUCGAUCGGGGUUGCAGAGUUUGAGAGGUGAAGUGGUAUUGAAUUAAUGUUAGUUUCUUCUUGAGAUGUGAAAAUUGGUCUUUUUCUCUUUUUUUUUUUUUAUUUAAAGCAUUUUUUUUAUUGGGUGGUGGUUAUUAUUAGGUAAGAGGGAUGUCUACAGAUUAUUUUGGUAUUGGGGUUUUUUUUAUGCAUUCUUGCUUCAUUUAUUUUUGGGCGAACGAUGUACAGAGGAGAAAUAUUUGCGAUGUAAGAUGUAAGCAGAGUUGCAUACAUAUUUACUUAUUAAGAGGGUACAGAUAGGUUACACUUAGGUUACAGGAAGAAUUAUAAAGGGUAUAACUUAAGUAUAACAUACAUGUACCCUCCUAAUAACCUAAUAAGUACGGAACUCUGCAGACGUCUUACGUACGCAAAUAUUUCUCUGUACGGAAAUGAUUGGAGGAAAAUGAAAAG